AUGGUUCAAACAUGUAAUAAUACUCCUCGUGGAUCGAUUGCUAUACCUUUACCGGAAUUCACCAAUGAAAUUGUACAAUUGUCUAAUGGAUACACUUAUCAUGAUUCACUUACAUCGUUGAUUGGACUUGGAUCGUUUGGUGUCGUCUAUAAAGGUUACAAUGAAAGUGAUAGUCAAAAAGUAGCCAUCAAAAAAAUGUCCCGAGUGCACGUGAAAGAGAACGAGCUUAGGGUGAUUAGAUCAUUGAACAGCGCAUACCUAGUAGGUGUAUUGGAUAUAUGUAUGUUAGAUGAUGUAACAUGUUGCCUUAUUAUGGAAUUAUGUGAUGGCGAUUUGGAAUAUCACAUCAAAUACAAUUCGAAUGCUGGACGUCUUAACAGCACAAAUCUUCGAACCCUUAUCGACAACAUCGCACGUGGUUAUAAGGAUCUUUUCGAUUUAAAAAUAGUUCAUCGUGACAUUAAACCACAAAAUAUCCUUAUCAAAUACGUUGGUAAAAGCAAACAACUUCUAUCAGCAAAAAUUACGGAUUUCGGUAUUGCUCGAACUUUGGACACAGAAGAGCCUGAUCUAUGUAAUGUAGCAGGAACUUUAUUUUAUAUGGCUCCUGAAGUAGGAGCAAAUCUCCUAAAAACAUGCCAAUAUGAUUCGAAAGUUGAUAUGUGGAGCAUUGGAUGUCUUCUAUAUCAGUGUGUCACUGGAGAGAUUCCAUUCGAUGAAUGCUGUCUAUGUAAACUAUUUUUGUACACAGCUGGUGCUAAUUAUGAUGCAUAUGAUCCACCAGAACUACCAGAAACAACAAAUGAAGAAAUAGGUGAAAUCAUCCAUUCACUUCUUGAAAUUGACUCAUCCAGAAGAUGUACACCAGUACAAUUCUAUAAUAAAGCAACAAGUUUUAGUCAAAAAAUUUGCUAA